GUAAACAAACCCACGAGUUGUUGAUCAAUUCACGGCCGGUGUGCGUAUUGCAGGUGUAUCGCAUAAGACAAUUUAAUUUUAAAACAAUGUUCCACAUAGCUCGUGCUCCAUUGUUUAGAUUACAUAAGCCACAAAGCAUUCGGCUUCUGUUGUCGUGCAAUGGCUUUUCGUCCGAUUCAAACUCUCCCGGCGAUGGAAACGAUAAACCCAAGACUCAACCGGCCGCUCCUGCACGUAAAGCCGAAAAAAGUGAAGAAGAAGGAAAAAAAUCAUCCGCUGCCCUUAACCGGCUGAACGAACUGCUUGCCAUGAUGAACACCGACAACGAGCUGAAGCUCGUCAAGAAGGUUGAUCUGCCGCGCCCAAAGGCAAAAAAAUCAAAGGACAAAAAAGCUUCCGACUCGGAUUCGGAUUCCGAUGACGAUGAACGACCGAAGGAUCUUGCUCAGGCAACACGCAAAGUUGCGACGGCGCUGGGAGGUGAUGCGAAGCGUACAGAAUCGGAGCUGCUUUCGAAACUGCUCGGAACAACGAGCCCGGCCGCUGGUGAGAGUAAUCUGACGGACAUUAUUACUGGCAUGACAGUUGAUAAAAGCACCAAGAAGCAAACCACCGAAAGUGAUCCAUCGCGUAGCACUUUGGUGAAGAAAUCGAUUGAUUCCAAGCGGGCGAAGCAAAGGCGUCCCGCGGAAGAUGGAGAUCAGGCACCACCAAAGGAACGUUACGAGCGAAAGCGCUUUAGCGUAAAGCAACCACCCCAAACACCGGGUGGUCCGGGAAGUGUGAAACUGUUCGAUGAGGAACCGUUGGGUAUUUUUACGGAUCUUGCCUCGCUUAAGGAAAGUCCGGACAAGCUUCACACUUGGCAGAAGCUGCACGAACGCGAACUUCGGCUGGCCGUAACGCAUCCACCGGCGAAUUACUUCCAAAAGAUGGCACUCUGGACUGAACAGGGCAAACUUUGGAAGUUCCCCAUUAACAACGAGCAGGGUCGGGAGGAGGAAGCGCAGGUUGCAUUUACCGAACACGUCUUCCUGGAGGAACAUCUGGAGCCGUGGUGUCCGCGGAAAGGUCCGAUCCGACACUUUAUGGAGCUGGUGUGCGUGGGUUUGUCGAAAAAUCAUUACAUCACGGCGCAGGAAAAACGGGACCACAUCUUCUGGUUCCGGGACUACUUCGAGCAGAAGAAGGAAAUACUGAAGGACAUUAUCGUGGCGGAGAGUAGUGGUGGUAGUAAGACGAAGGAGAUUGAACAAUAA